AUGGCUCUGUCUCCAUUCCAUGUAAACGACAUCGUUCCUCGAUGCGUUCUGCGUAGUCUCUAUAAGAAUAAGAUUGCUUCGCAUGACUCUGGUACUGUACAAAACCAACUUGAUAUACAAACGGCGACUAUCUUCAGUGGUCAGAGUGCAGCAGAUAGCCCAGUUGAGCAGUUUAGCAGGUUCAACGUAUCGGUAUCGGUCGCUAUUCCAAUUGCACUGAACAAGAAUCGACAACCUAUCUCAUAUGUUGACACAACGAAUUAA